UCUAACACCCACUGAAACUCUCUUACUCACACACAAUCCCCUUAUCACCUACAUCUGAUAGAGUGAAAAUGUCUUAUACUCCCUCCGGCCGGGAAAAGUUGUCUUCAUGGCGUUUUUGCACAAAACCCCUCCCCAAACUCCCGACACAACCCGCACUCCUCGUCUUCUCCAAUCGACACACCCCGCCGCUCCGACACGGGCGCAUCGACGCCGGAGCUCCCCUGCUCAGCUUCGCCGUGCUGCUCCCCUGCUCUCCCGCACGUCCUCCUCCGCCGCCGGGGAUGCCUACGCCACCGCUCCCUCCUGCCUCGCGCAGCUCCCCUGGCCCCCUUGCCUGCCUCCCAAAUCUCCCCUCUUUCACCCUCAAAGUUGUUUCUUCUUCCUCCCGCUGCGUCUCCUGCUUGCGCGCUGCGGCGACACCUCCUCCUCGUUGCCCCCGACGCCGGAGGAGGCACGGGGAAAGCAGCAGUGUCUCGCGCUGCGCUUGCGCCACCUCGGGUGUGCGUGGGCCUACGCGUCGGUCGCCGCCUCGGCCGUGCGCCAGUCCGCAAAGGAGGAGGAAGGGGAUUCCGUUCGCCGCCAAGGCGUACUGGGUAUGCUCCUCGAGUCCCCGCUCUUCAGGCCCCUCCUCACCUCCCUCAUCAAGAAGCAGAACAACAUGACGCAGAGCAAGCAAGGUCCGGCACUGGAGAUGAAAAAGCAAGGAGCCUUGUACUUCUUUCUUCUCACCGACAGCAGCACGAGCAGGGGACCUCCGGCGACAGCACACGAGUAGGUGACCUCCGGGCGGCAACACGAGCAGGGGACCAGUAGCAACUUGCAGUGGAGCAGGGGAAAGAGCUCGAGCUUGAGGUCCAGGCGCGGCCGGAACUCACGGUCGAGGCGCUCGACACCCAGGCGCGCGCAGGUCCUGGCCGGCGGCGGCGCAGAUCCUGGUGGAGGGAGGGGAUAUCGGCCGCGCAGGUCUGGUGGCGGCGGCCCAGGUCCUGGGUGGCGGAGGAGCACGUCCUGCGCAGCGGCGGAGCAAGCAAUUGGGUGGCCCAGGUCCUGGGCGGCGGAGGACCACGUACUUGGCGGCGGCGGAGCAAGCAAUUGGGCGGCGCAGGACCUGGGCGUCGGAGGAGCACGUCCUGGGCGGCGGCGGAGCAAGCAAUUGGGCGGCGCAGGUCCUGGGAGGCGGAGGAGCAAGCCCUGGGCAGCGCCGGCGUAGGUCCCCGAUGGCGUCUUGCCCUGGCGACGCGCGCGGGCGACAGACAGAGGAAGAAGGAAGGAAACGGCGACAUGUUUGUAAUAGAUUUUAAGCUACGAGGGCGUUUUUGCAAAAUUCACAGUACAUUAAGCUGUGGACAACUUUUUUCGGACGGAGGGAGUAUUAAAUUACAGAGGAAGUAGUGAUGAUAUAGAAAUGCACGGGCAACUUCAAUAUGAAUCAUCAAAUUGCUCUAGAUGUUUGGAUCAGACA